AUGGAGAUGCUCAUAGCUUUACAAGUCAAUAUUCCAUUUUGUGAUGCCUUGGAGCAAAUGUUGGUGUACGCUAAAUUCAUGAAAGAACUUUUGAACAGUAAAUGCAAAUUGAAAGAUGAUGAAAAUGCAGCACUGGCAGAGGAAUGUAAUGUUAUCAUUCAACACAAACUGCCACCUAAACUAACGGAUCCAGGUAGGUUCACGAUUCCUUUCUCUAUAGGUUCAUUAAAAUUUGGCCAGACACUUUAUGAUUUAGGGACUAGCAUAAAUUUGAUGUUGUUGUCUAUGAUGACAAAAUUAAAUUGUGGAAAGACAAAGCCUACAAAAAUGACUUUAAUCCUGGCUGAUCGAUCUGUCACUUAUCCGUACGGAGUUCUGGAGGAUGUAUUAAUAAAGGCUCAUGAUUUCUUGUUUCCCAUUGAUUUUGUCAUUCUGGAUAUGACGGAAGACGCCGAAACACCAUUAUUUUUGGGGAGACCUUUCCUUGCCACGCAAAGAGCUUUGAUUGAUGUGGAAAUAGGAGAAUUAAUUCUCAGGUUUAAUAAAGAACAUGUAAUAUUCAACAUAUUUGAAGCCAUGAAACAUGCCCAUGAAGAUUACAGUGUUACCAAAUUUAUUUGA